UCAGUGUUGUGGUAUCGGUUGUAUUGAACACAUGUGUUAACAAGUGACUAAGGAACAGAUACAACGUAAUGUUCCACUAAACACAGUGCGAUGAAAAUAUAUCUUACACAUCUACAUUUAGACUACAGUUUCAUUUCACUCAUCGGCUGAUCAGUGCAAGGCUGGUCAGGUGCAAACGUGUUUAAGAGAGUAAUAGAAAAAUAGUUACAAACGAAAAUGGGCGACAAAGGUGUCAACCCUGAUUUGGUGAAGGAAAGGCAGAAAUGCACGUUCAACAUACAGGAAUUGGUGCACCUAAUCGAUGGCGGGGAACAGGCCACCCGGGAUAGGAAGGAAGUUGAGGAAUUGGUAUUGGCAAUAAAAGACAUAAGAGACAAAGUACCUGAGGAGUAUUUAAGUCACAAGGAGAGAUACGAGAAUGCUGUAAGGAAGACCGUAAUGAUGGUAGAGGUUUUGAAAGACCAUGCCCUGAAACACUCAUCGUUCGAUGCAUACAAACCAUCAAACAUGUACCGCAUUCAAAGCGGUAUUAUCAAGGACAUAUCUCCGUUCAUGCUGCACAUGGGUAUGUUUGUGCCUACGAUUUUCGGACAAGCAUCUCCAGAACAAAUGUCCGAGUGGUUACCCAAGGCAUUGUCACUGCAGAUUGUGGGAACAUACGCGCAGACUGAGCUUGGCCACGGAACGUUCCUCCGAGGUCUAGAGACAACCGCCACCUACGAUCCUAACACCGAGGAGUUUGUUUUGAACAGCCCUACAAUUACGUCAUACAAAUGGUGGCCUGGUGGAUUGGCUCACACCGCCAACCACUGCAUCGUGGUGGCACAGUUAUACACCAAGGGCCAGUGCUACGGAGUCCACCCCUUCUUCGUACAGAUCAGGGAUCUAGACACACACAUGCCGCUGCCCGGUGUCAAAGUGGGCGAGAUUGGGCCCAAACUAGGCUUCCAAACGGCCAACAACGGCUUCCUGGGAUUCCAGAACUUCAGAAUACCCAGAAAUUGCAUGUUAAUGAAAAAUUCUCAAGUAUUAAAGGACGGAACGUACGUGAAGUCUAAGAGCGAGAAAUUGACUUAUGGAACCAUGGUGCUCAUCCGAGUGAUGAUUGUUGCUGACGCGGCGUACGAGAUCGGCAGGGCAGCCACCAUUGCCGUCCGAUACUCUGCAGUCAGACAUCAGUCGAAGCCGAAAGCAGACCAACCUGAACCACAGAUUAUAGAUUACGUGACGCAGCAACACAAGCUAUUCAUUGCGAUAGCCACAAGCCACGCCUUCAGGACCACCGGCACCUGGCUGUGGGACACUUACUCAAAAGUUGUGGCCGAUUUGGGCAAAGGAAAAUUGGAUCAGCUGCCAGAGCUCCAUGCCAUAGCGUGUUGCUUGAAAGCAGUUUGCAGUCGUGAUGCAAGCUCUAUUGUGGAGCAAUGCCGUCUUGCGUGCGGUGGCCACGGCUUCAUGUUGUCAUCCAACCUCCCCACCAUCUAUGGUCUAGUGACCGCCACCGUCACAUACGAGGGAGAGUUCACGGUCAUGAUGUUGCAGACCGCUAGGUAUUUAGUGAAAGCAUGGAAGCAAGCAGUGGACGGCACGGCCAUGACCCCAACAGUGGCUUAUUUGGUCAACUACAUCAAUAACACCAACCGCAAGUGGGACAACACACCCGAGGGCAUCAUCACCGGAUUCCAGGCUGUUGCUGCAGGAAAGAUAAAGGAAGCCUACGAAUCUAUUCAGCGACACCAGAAAGCAGGCAAUGACUACGAGGAUGCUUGGAAUUUGGCUUCCGUGCAGCUCGUGAAUGCCAGUGAGGCUCACUGCCGCGCCAUCUUGUGCAAUGUGUUCUGGACGGAAGUGCAGAGGUUAUCUUCUUCGAUAUCGGCGCCGCUAGCGCAAGUGUUGCGGCAACUCGCCGAGCUGUACCUCACAUACUGGACGCUGGAGAAGCGCGGAGACCUCUUGGUGUACUCGUCAAUAUCGAAAAACGAUGUGGCUUGGCAGCAGCAGAGAUACGAACAGCUGCUGGCAUUGAUCAGACCGAACGCUGUCGGUCUUGUGGACUCAUUUGAUGUCAGGGAUGAGAUCCUGAACUCAACCCUGGGUGCAUACGACGGCCGUGUGUACGAGCGUCUGUUCGAGGAGGCCAUGAAGAGUCCCCUCAACGCGGAGCCAGUCAACAGCUCCUUCCACAAAUAUAUCAAGCCAUUCGUAGAGAAAUCUAAGCUGUAAUUUUAUUAUUUUAAUAAAUAUAAAAUGUAUAUAUGGAAUAUAUGUAUAUGGGAUAUGAUUCUUAUAUUUAAAUAUAAAUAAUUUAGUAAAAUAUACAAAUGUUGUGUUGA